AAGAGAAUGGCGGCAAUUAUAAUUGAGUUUGGCUAUCAUUAAUUAUUUUAAACAUAGUUACAAUCGCACUUUUGCAUUCAUAAAGAGUACAAAAUAUGCAAGCUGGACAUUGAAUGCAUUUUUCUGUUCUUAGUUCGCGUGAACCAAGACGGUUCGAUUUAUUCUAUGGCUCGUCCGCGAUACUAGCGAUGAUUGCUAGAUGGUGCUGUUAAUGACUGGAUGAUUAUCAACCGAGUGUGAUAACACGUAGUUGUUAUGUGUUAUGUGUGUCUGCCAGUUGUCAAAUCGACGUGAAAAGGUGUAAAAUAGUCAGCUAUGGAUGGAAGUCAAUCGCAAGCUAACGAGCAACAGUUCAUUUCCUUCCAAGAUUUCCCUUCGAUACAUCACGAAGGGAACAUUGGCCAGGCACAAUUAAAUGUCCAUGCAUCCAGUCAUCAAACAUUUAAUAACCUAUCCAAUGACGCGACGGGUAUCGGCAUUAUCGAGGAUCUGCAAGGGAUGCCCGAUAAAAGCGAAGAUGCAUUGCAACGUAGCUUUUGGACGAUAGAGUAUUAUCAGAAAUUCUUUAACGUGAACACAAACGACGUUGUAGAAAGAAUCAAACGAUCUAUGAUUCCACAUGGCAGUGAAAACUAUUUAAUUUCUCACAUAAGACCUAAUCCGGAUCUUUAUGGUCCAUUCUGGAUUUGCGUCACAUUGGUAUUUUCUAUAGCAGUUAGUGGAAAUUUGGCUGAUUACUUGCAAACUGCCAAUUCAGGGAAAUAUCACUGGAGGUAUGAAUUUCACAUUGUAUCAUACGCUGCUACAUGUAUAUUUUUAUAUGCUUGGCUGUUACCAAUGACAUUGUGGGGUGCCUUGAAAUGGACCGCUAGCACAAGAGACACAGAAGAAGAAUUAAUCGAGUCUUACACGACACCAGGCCUCUUAGAACUCCUGUGCCUUUAUGGUUACUCUCUAGCCAUCUAUGUCCCUGUAGCCUUCCUCUGGACAAUACAAAUCGGAUGGUUACAAUGGAGUUUGGUGGUAAUAGCAACUGCUUUGUCCGGUGGAGUUUUAUUAAGAUCUUUGAUGCCUGUAAUAGAAGGGAAAUAUAGAAUGAUAUAUAUAGCGGUAAUUCUUGGGAUGCAUCUUCUGCUAGCAGCCGGAUUUAGGAUGUACUUCUUUCACGGGCCGUCAAACACCAUUGUUACUUCCGCGAUAAAAAUCGUGCCGACCAUUGCACACGCGGAAGAAAUUCAUCCUAUCAGCUCUACGGAGUAACGAUAUCUCGAACCGUUCGCUGUUCGCUUGAAAACCGUCGAAAGAAGUUUGUCUCGUCGGCUAAUGUAUCCGGCCGAUGGAAUCGAAUCAUACAUGCUCGCUGACCACUAAUUCCGUCUUCGUGAAAAUAGAAUUAGUAUUUAUACCAUAUCUGUGAAUGAAAAAUAAAUGAAGAUAACUGAAA